CAAGAGCACGGCAGGUCAGGGCAUGGCUUCCCGCCCAACCGAUGCGCCGCAGCCAGGGCGAGGUUCAGGGAUAUCGCCUGGAAAGCGGCUGCAGUGACUUGGAGGAGACCCGAGCAACAAGGAACAGCCAGCAUGGAUUUGCCGAACAAAUCAUGCUGGACCAACCGAUUUCUGUUCUCUGCCGGUGUCACCGGCCUAGUAGAUGGGGGAAGCUGCAGACGAGAUAAAUCUUGAUUUUUGUCGGGUUCUGGACCCAGUCCCAGGGGACACUCUCACAAGCAAACCAGGGCCAUGGGAGCUCGAUGAAAUGAGCAUCCGUCGGGUGGAAAAAAACAUCCUCAAAGCCCGAGGGCGCAUCCAGCUCCCGUGGGGCUUGGUCCCGCGGCCGCUGCGAUUUGCUAUGGUCACGGACAAUUUGAGCGACGGCCCGGAGAGCAGGCUGAUGAAAUCUGCAGCCCAGCCGGGAGGGUCGCCAGCCAUUCGGAGGGUGGGAUUAAGGUUAAAAAAAAACAACCCACCCAUGACAAACUGGGAGCCAGGGUCUGAAUUCAGGAAGGUGGCAGGGAGCCAGGAUGCUUGGGUUCUCUCUCCAGCUCUGGGAAGAAAGUGGGGGUCUAGUGGUGUAGAGUCUGGCACAGCCGGGAUCAGCUGUUCACUGUGCCUGCUGACGGCGGGACGAGGAGACUGGCUGGAACGAAGGCAGCCGCUGAGGCGUCUAAGCGUUAAGCCGCAGCUCAUCAGCGCCACGCCAGGCGAGCCGGUGCGCACGGCCUCAAACCAAACUCUGGGCCGUCCCCACGAGGCGGUCGCCUGACUUCGCCGAGACGGGAUUUUUGGGGCCGGGGCGAGUGUGCGGGCAGCGAACGUGAGACGACCCAGAUCAGAGCUCCCCCAAGAUCCCGUCUUGUGAUACUGGCUGGAACCAGGGGCCCCAGAGGGAAUGAACCGAACAGGGCAGCUAUAGAGUGAUCCAGCCCCCGUUGUCCAGUCCAGCUCCUGGCGGCCAGAGGUUUCGUCGGGUGACCCCCGGUCCCUGUGUUACGCGAAGGGGCGAAUGACGCCUGGUCCACACCGGUCAUGAUUUUAGAGCCCUGUCCUGUCCCGCCCUCAGUCAUCUCUUUCCUAAGCUGAACAGUCCUGGUCUUUUCAAUUGCGCCUCAUAUGCAAACAGUUCCAGGCCUCUAAUUACUUCCGUUGCCUCUCUCUGUACUUGGCCCCAAUGCGAACAGAUCUUUCAGGAGUCAGGGCGCUCAGAGCUGUCCACAGCGUUUGAAGUACUGCGGACUUAUACAGCGGCACAGGGAUAUUUUCCAUCUUAUUCCCCAUCUGGUUCCCAACGCGCCGGUGGGGUUUAGGGACGACGGCCGCACACACAGAGCGGGUGCUGGCCUAGAACCACCCAGGGUGAAAUCGACGCCGACCGAGACAACCGGCAGCCUGUUUACGAACGAAAGCCAAAGGCUCGGGUGAGUACCGCGAGGAGUCCCAAGCGCUGGAGGGAUCUGGGGGCAGCUGGCGCAGGCUGGGCAUGGAUCUAAAGGGGUGUCGGGGGGCUGGCACGGGCUGCUUCACAGGGAUCAUAACAGAGCGGCCGGGGCCGGGCACUCAGGGGUCGGCAUGUGCCUAUCGCAGACCAGGCCUGAGAGGGCAGGCGCUGGGGGGCUCGCUCGCCCAUAGGGGGCGCUGCAGGUGGGGAGGGGC